GGUGGUGCUCCCGGGCUUGACCCGCUCCGCUGGUUGGGGCAGCGCCGGGGGCGGUUGGGUGGGAGCUGGGCCGCGGUGGGGCCGGGAUGGAGGCGGUCGCUGCGCCGAACAGGGACGUGCGGGUGCGCGCGGCGAGUCCGCCCGGCGGCCGCGGAGAGAAGAGCCAGCCAGAGAGGCAAGUUUACAUGGACUAUAAUGCCACCACCCCCCUGGAACCAGAAGUCAUCCAGGCUGUGACCGAGGCCAUGCGGGAAGCCUGGGGAAAUCCCAGCAGUGCUUACCCAGCAGGUAGGAAGGCCAAGGAUAUCAUCAACGCAGCUCGGGAAAACCUUGCGAAGAUGAUAGGCGGGAAACCUCAAGACAUAAUCUUCACUUCCGGGGGUACUGAGUCAAAUAACUUAGUCAUCCAUUCUGUGGUGAAACACUUCCACGAAAUCCACACCUCGAAGGGGGGCGCGGCUGAGAGCCACAGCCCGGCGGAGGGGGCCAUGCCCCACUUCAUCACCUGCACCGUGGAACACGACUCCAUCCGUCUGCCCCUGGAGCACCUGGCGAAGGAGCACGUGGCCGCGGUCACCUUUGUCCCGGUGUCCAAGGUGAACGGGCAGGCAGAGGUCGAUGACAUCCUGGCGGCAGUCCGCCCCACCACGUGCCUGGUGACCAUCAUGCUGGCCAACAAUGAGACGGGCGUCAUCAUGCCGGUCCCUGAGAUCAGCCAGCGGGUCAGAGCCCUGAACCAGAGGCGGGCCACAGCCGGGCUGCCCCUCAUCCUGCUGCACACGGACGCCGCGCAGGCCUUGGGGAAAAGGCGUGUGGACGUGGAAGACCUGGGCGUGGACUUCCUCACCAUUGUGGGGCACAAGUUCUACGGCCCCAGGAUUGGAGCACUGUACGUCCGAGGGCUCAGCGAGCUCACCCCUCUGUACCCCAUGCUGUUUGGAGGUGGCCAAGAGCGGAAUUUCCGGCCCGGAACGGAGAACACCCCGAUGAUUGCCGGCCUCGGGAAGGCCGCGGAGCUGGUGGCAGAGAACUGCGAGGCUUACGAGGCCCACAUGAGAGACGUCCGCGACUACCUGGAGGAGCGGCUGCUGGCUGAAUUCGGUAAGAAGAGAAUCCAUCUGAACAGCCAGUUUCCAGGAAGUGAACGACUCCCCAACACGUGUAACUUUUCCAUCCGGGGACCCCAGCUCCAAGGCCGCUUGGUGCUGGCACAGUGCAGGAUGCUGCUGGCCAGCGUGGGGGCUGCAUGCCACUCGGACCUCGGGGACCGGCCAUCCCCGGUGCUGCUGAGCUGCGGCAUCCCAUUCGACGUGGCCAGGAACGCUCUCCGGCUCAGCGUGGGCCGCAGCACCACCAGGGCCGACGUGGAGCUCGUUGUGCAGGACCUGAAGCAGGCCGUGGCCCAGCUGGAGGGCCAGGCCUAGGGCCUGGGCCACCCCGUAGGAAGCCCUGCCGAGGGCCGUGCCAGGAGGGCUCUUUUCGUAAUUCAUCCACGUCUUCGUUUGUCCUGAGCGUCCAAGCGAGUGAUGGCAGUGUGGGUGCUGGGCACACAGACCCCAUAGGGACUUCUAGGCCCAGGACCCAAGACCCACAGGGGACUGUCACUGCCCCUACUGCCCAAGGGCGUGGGUUGAAGUGGAAGUGCUUCAGCCGUGUCCACGCUCCCCUCUGGGAAGUGAGGCGAGCCUGCCAUGAGUGCCCCCUUCCUGGAAGGUGGCAUUUUUAUCCAGAAGAUAAAAUCCUGGUAUUUAUGCCCUGCUUUCAGCUGCGAUCAUGAAAAUAGGAAGCCUGAUAUUUUGCUGUGGUCCCGCCCUUGCAGAGGGGUGGGUGGGCCCUUCACUCUCCCCCACCCUCAGGGUCCUGCUCAAGCCCCUUCCGCACGGGUGGGGCCGCCUUGGUGGGCUGGUUUCUGCUCAGGGCCCCCACUUCCCAGUCCUACCCCGCCCCCCAUGAGGCACCGUGACCCCCCAGCAGGCCCCUCCCACCUCCUGCCCUCUCAUCCUUUACUCAGGGUUUCAGCUCACACAGCGCUGAGUCCCGGGGCAGCCGGUGCCCCUGCGAUUCCGGGUCAUUCUUGAGGUGGAAAUCAGCCCAUCCUACCUUAGCCUUCAUCGCCACUUCAUUCGCAGAAGGAAUCUUUCAUCGCCACAGAUGCUUCGUGACGUCACGUGAUGUCUCAGGCGAUGUUCACAUAGGAAUGAUUUUUAUUCGCACAACACUUUUAAUGUGGGUUUUAAGGUGCAAAGAACUACACAGUGACAUUGAGGAAACAAGCGUCAGAAAUUAAAUGAACUAAUAAACGAUGUCAAUGCUCGUA